AUGAUGGUACCUAUCAAAUACUACUACUACUACACAAUAUUACAUUCAAUAAUGCGGUUUACGCAUUGCCCCGAAGCUGCGCUGGUAUCAGCGAGGGUACUCGCAGCUGAAGGUGCCCCAGCUACCCGCUCCGCAUCAGGAGUUGAGAGAAGACCAUCAGCCCCCAGGCCUCCGCUCUGCAAGCGGGGUUCAGGAUCUUUGCUGUCUGGAUCUCCGCCUACUUCUAGGCACUUGUGGAUCCGCAUAGCAUUAUUCGAGCGUCAACUAGCGAAGAUCAUUGAGCAUCUGGUUAAUAACGCUAACCGGUACUACGAAAGGGACGCUCUAGUAGCCGAUCCAGAUUACGGGAGCAUUCUUAGUUCCUUGCUAGUUGGACCUUGUGCCCUGGAGUACUCCAAGGCUAAAGCACCAGCUUGUUUCUGGACGGAUCCUCCUGCAGACGAGCUCGUGCAAAGACACAGGAUGUCAGCAGGUACCACGACGCCACCGUCUGUUCGCAGACCGAUCCUCAAUUUCAAGAGGAGCUUAAACGCCUCAUCUGACGAUGGGGCCUCCAGCAAUACGGGUACAGGCAAGGCAGCGGGAUCGAGUGCCAAAGAUUACGUUGAAAGUUUACACCAGAAUUCUACAGCAACGCUUUUAUACGGAAAAAACAAUGUCAGAGUUCAGCCGAAAGACGUUGAGGAGCCAAUGCCUGGGUAUUUGAGUCUCCAUCAAACAGCGGCGGGUCUUGUGAUAAAAUGGACGCCAAACCAGCUAAUGAACGGAUACGCCGAAAGUGAAGGAAUUGACAAGAGCGUAUAUUGGGCGAUGUCCCUACAAGUAUGUGUUUGGGAAGUGGUAUACGUUCACGUGCAUCGGUCCCAGGCCAGCGAUGCUCUCAUACUAGUCGGUCAGGAUGGAGUGCAGCGACCGCCCAUACAUUUUCCUAAAGCAAUGCGACAUUCGCUACUAGAACGCGCAGUCCAGUCACCUCCUCGCACGCCGCGCCGUCCUCUGGCUUCCACAUCUACUACAUCGUCUGACUCCUCAACCAUGUCUGUCGACUGUCCACCUUCAGCCGGUAUCAAUGGACAUCCACCACUGACGCCUAUACCACAUCAACCUGUAGAACAGGCUGCUUCAAUCGAGUUGGUGUGCAGUACAAUGCGUCGUCAGAUAAUUUCACGGGCGUUCUACGGCUGGCUUGCAUACUGCCGCCAUUUGUCUACAGUUAGGACGCAUCUCAGUGGGCUUGUGCAUCCAAUCAUCGUUCCGAGAGAGAAUGCUGAAGGUGGUCUCACAGAUGAGCGAUGGCUUGCAAUGACUGAUGAGUCUGGAGCAGUACACGAUAAGGAUGAAGUGUACCGGCUGGUGUACUAUGGAGGAGUUCAACAUGACAUCCGGCGACAUGUGUGGCCUUAUUUACUUGGAUAUUACGAAUUCGGCUCUACGGCAGAAGAGCGAGCUGAACAAGACGCGGCGUGUCGUCGGCAAUACGAAACAACGAUGUCGGAGUGGUUGUGCGUGGAAGCUAUUGUGCGACAACGGGACCGUGAGGCCACGGCCGCGUCCAUCGCGAGACUGACUGAAGCAUCUGGCAAAUUGAAGCCUUCUGACAAUAAUGAUACCAGCGAAGUAUUCGAAGACGAUUGCAGCGUUAUCUCAGACAAUCCACCAAUCGUUUCACCAGAACCGAGCGAGAACGAACAGAGACGGCCGGACAAGCCUGUACUAUCUCGAGCACCCAGCAUAGACGAAGUAGACAACAUUGAAAUGGACUCUGAAAGAGAUAAAGAAACAAAACAGAACGGAGAGACUGAGAAUGGUGAUAAUAGGGAUGUAGAUGUAGACAGUCUAAAAGACUUAGAUGAAGAUGUCCAUUUGAAGAGUGUUGUCGACAACCCUGAUAUGAGGAGGGAAAGUAUAGCUGAGAUCAAGAGGCUAGCUGAAGAAAUCGUUCAGAAAGGAGAUGGUCGAGGGCUUCUAUGCAGUGUUGACAGUGCUCACGUGAAUGGAACUGGAAGCGAUUUCAGAUCAUCUAUAGAUGAAAGUCAGCCAAGUCCUCAUCAGCAGCAUACAAGUGUUAUUAUUACUAAUCCUUCUGUUGAUCUCGCUGCUGGAGGGUCUCCUGCUUCUGGAGGAACCACUGCACAAGUGAGUCCAGCUCGCAGUCCUCUUGGAGUAGUGCGCGAGGAAUCACAAUCAGCUGGUGCUAGCUUCGAUACUCUGGAGCCGGCAGAUAGGAACGCACAAGACAAUCGUUCAAAUUGUGUCUCACCGGCCAGCUCUAAUGGAGGAGUUUAUUCCAAUGAAUUGGUGGAGUCUUUCGCUCUUAACCUGCAUCGCAUUGAGAAAGACGUUCAGAGAUGUGACAGGAAUUAUCCCUUCUUUACUGAUGAGAAUCUGGAUAAACUACGAAACAUAAUGUGCACCUACGUAUGGGAGCACCUGGAGACGGGCUACAUGCAGGGCAUGUGCGACCUGGCGGCGCCGCUGCUGGUGAUGAUGCGCGAGGAGGCGCACGCGCACGCACUCUUCAACAGCCUCAUGCGCCGCGCCACCGACAACUUCCCCUCCGGGCAGGCCAUGGACGCACACUUUGCUGAUAUGAGGUCUCUGAUCCAGAUCCUGGACUGCGAGCUGUACGAGCUGAUGCACGCGCACGGCGACUACACUCACUUCUACUUCUGCUACCGCUGGUUCCUGCUUGACUUCAAGAGGGAACUGCUUUAUCAGGACGUUUUUGCGGCAUGGGAGUUAAUCUGGGCGGCGCGCCACGUGGCUUCCGAGCAUAUGGUGCUGUUUAUAGCGCUCGCAUUGUUGGAGACCUACCGUGACGUCAUCCUCGCCAACACCAUGGACUUCACUGACAUCAUCAAGUUUUUCAAUGAAAUGGCAGAACGACACGAUGCGUCUGCAGUAUUAUCCUUAGCGAGGGAUCUUGUUCUACAAGUUCAGACUCUAAUAGAGAACAAAUAA